GGAGCUCGCCAGACACCCUUUGGGGAAGACAAACGGCUGCAGGGAGCACUCAGGACCUGCCUUCAGUGAACCAUGGGGCUCAGUGACCAGGAAUGGCAGAAGGUCCUGGCCAUCUGGGGGAAGGUGGAGUCCGACCUCCCUGGCCAUGGACAUGAAGUUUUAAUGAGACUCUUUAAGGACCAUCCUGAGACCCUGGAUAAAUUUGAAAGGUUCAAAGGCCUGAAGACACCUGAUCAGAUGAAGGGCUCUGAAGAUCUGAAGAAACAUGGAGUUACUGUCCUUACCCAACUGGGCAAAAUCCUGAAGCAGAAGGGUAAUCAUGAGUCUGAGUUGAAACCCCUGGCUCAAACCCAUGCGACCAAGCACAAAAUCCCUGUCAAAUAUCUGGAGUUCAUUUCUGAAGUCAUUAUUAAAGUACUUGCCGAAAAACACGCUGCAGACUUUGGGGCUGAUUCCCAGGAUGCGAUGAAGAAGGCCCUGGAGCUGUUCCGAAAUGAUAUGGCCAGCAAGUACAAGGAGUUCGGUUUCCAGGGUUAGCACAUAUACACAGAGGGACACCACGAUGGAGGCCUGUACAUACAUCUUAGAGUAGCUUCCCCAGCACUGUUUCGAACAUCUCACAAUUGGCCAUCCAAGAUGUGUGGGAAAGCUUUGAUGAGAGGCCAAGAGUCACUCCAGGCAGUGUAUAGACACAGAGUGAUAUUUAUGAUAAACUGUUGUUUCCUGGCUUCAUGUAUACAAGAGAAAUAAUCUGCUUUCUUAGGAAAAAUAAUAUAAGGGGUUUUCUGUAAGCUUCUGCCUAUCCUAUCCCCUUUUUAUUUCCCCUUUCCCAAAAUCCAGUCUCAUCCAAGAGGGGAAUGGCAUGGCCAGAGAUGAAGGGAUGUGGAGGAUCAAGGGGAGUGUUGAGGAGUGUGGUGAAUGAGAGGGUGAAAGGAUGACUCAAAUGGUACAAGAAGGAUGUCAGGAUGGGAAGGAGAGGCACACUGUCUGUCCCAUUCCUCCCACAGGUGAGACUGUUAGCAGGUUACUGUGGGCAGCUUCCAGCAAAGCAUUACCUUGCUUUGUGGGGUGGGUGAACGCAGCCAGUCAGUCUCUAGGGUCUGCCAGCUCGGAACCUUGCAUCAGUUGCUAAACUCACGUUAGCAGAACUAUAAAGAGCAGCACUCCCUGCGAUCUGUAGGCUUCUGGUACCCGCUGCUAUGCAUCUGAAGUUGUGUUGCACUGGGAAGUAAAGUAUGCGUUUCUCAGAAAAUAAAAAUUUCUGCACCAA